AUGGCAUGCCCCGUGACCACCGUUGCCAGCUUCCUCCUGGUCCUCUAUGUGUGUUUCAUCCCCGCAGACUCUGUGACCAUCCCUUCUUCUUGUUGCAUGUCCUUUGUUUCCAAGAAAAUUCCAGAAAGCCGAGUGGUAAGCUACCAGUUGGCCAAUGGCAGCGUCUGCCCCAUGGCUGGGGUGAUCUUUACCACCAAGAAAGGCCAGAAGCUCUGCAGCGAGCCCAGGCAGCCGUGGGUCCAGAGGUACAUACGGAACCUGAAUGCCAGGAAACAGCGGCAGCAGCCUCCUGCAGUUGCCAAGGCACUGGGCAUCAAGGUUCGCGUGCAGAGACGCCAUGGCAACAGCACCGCUGUCUAA